GGCUAGCGCGUGAGAGCCGCAAGUUCAGGUCAGUUCUUUGCGCGUCCUCGACAAAGGGACAUCUCCCCAACCACCAUCAACACCAUCAACCUCAGCAUCGACCGAAGGAAUCGCACGCCCACAGUCGUGCAUUCCCCUCGGCCAUCCUUUCUCACGAGAAAGACGAUCAUCCGCCAGUUUUUCCCGUCACCGUCGAGUGUCUAGAUCUGCCGCGUCCAGAAUCUCAAGCUUACGACAGAGGCCUUGGGCCUGCGCUGCCUUCAGCGCCAUUGCGACACCUUCCUUCUCACCGCGCCAUCGAAUCUUUGCGUCUGUACUAUCAUAUACCCAUAAUAAUAUCAUUUGCGACAACCGGAUCGCGCGUUUUCCUCUUGUCAACACCUCUCCUUUAAUAUUGGCUUUGCCACCUUCACCUUCACCUUCAAGGUCAUCGCUGGCAGCCUACAACAGUCAUUAUGGCGAACCUCAAUUUCGUGCACUCGGAUGCGCCGCUCAAGAUUAUUCAGGAGAUCCAAUUUGGACUGUUAUCUCCUGAAGAAAUCAAAAGCAUGAGUGUAGCUCACAUUCUCUAUCCCGAGACGAUGGAUGAGAGUCGAAUGAAGCCACGCGAAAGUGGUCUGAACGAUCCCCGACUCGGUUCCAUCGAUCGACAGUUCAAGUGCGCAACAUGCGAUCAACAGAUGGCAGAAUGUCCCGGUCACUUUGGACACAUCGAGCUGGCGAAACCUGUCUUUCACCCCGGAUUCAUUAAGAAAAUCAAGAAGAUUUUGGAAAUGGUCUGCAACGACUGCGGGAAAAUCUUGCUAGAUAGAGUCAGUGUGCCAAUAAAGCACGGUAGAUUCAUUGAACCUUAGGGCUAACGUGAGACUCAGAGCAAUCCAGCAUUCAAAGCCGCCGUCAAUAUUCGAGACCCCAAACGUAGAUUCGAUACCAUAUGGAGACUUUGCAAGGCCAAAAUGAUCUGCGACCAAGAUUCGAAUAACGAAGGCGCAGAUGGAAAGGAUGCGACAGUUUCGACACAUGGAGGUUGUGGAAACAUUCAACCAGAAGUGCGUCAAACUGCUUUGCAACUUAUGGGUACAUGGAAGCAUCCUAAGGAUGAAGACGGCGAGACCCCACCGCCAGACAAGCGAUUGAUUACCCCAGAAAAAGCAUUGCAGAUAUUUAAAAUGAUAUCUUCGACUGAAAUCCGCGACUUGGGUCUUAGCAAUGAUUAUGCGCGACCUGAGUGGUUGAUCAUUACAGUUUUACCUGUUCCACCACCACCGGUCCGCCCUAGUGUUUCCAUGGACGGUACAGGCCAAGGCAUGCGAGGAGAAGAUGAUUUGACUUAUAAGUUGGGUGAUAUCAUUCGAGCCAAUAGCAAUGUUCGACAGGCACAGCAGGAAGGUUCACCAGCCCAUAUCCAGUCGGAAUUUGAACAACUUCUGCAAUACCACGUUGCGACGUACAUGGACAAUGACAUCGCCGGUACACCCCAGGCACUGCAAAAAUCAGGUAGACCUGUCAAGUCUAUUCGUGCCCGUCUAAAGGGAAAGGAGGGACGUCUACGAGGUAAUUUGAUGGGUAAGCGUGUUGACUUUUCAGCACGUACUGUCAUUACUGGUGAUCCAAAUUUGUCUUUGGACGAGGUUGGUGUGCCGAGAAGUAUCGCCAGAGUUCUCACGUACCCAGAAACUGUGACUCCAUACAAUAUUGGAAAGUUGUCACAGCUUGUUAAGAAUGGGCCGAAUGACCACCCUGGUGCGAAGUAUGUUCUCCGAUCAGAUGGCAGCCGUCUCGAUCUGCGGCACAAUAAAAACGCGAGUGGCGUCAAUUUGGAGUAUGGCUGGAAAGUUGAGCGACAUAUCGUUGAUGGAGACUUUAUUGUCUUUAACCGUCAACCAUCUCUCCAUAAGGAAUCUAUGAUGGGUCACCGAGUCAAAGUUAUGCCUUAUUCAACCUUCCGACUGAAUUUGUCUGUUACUUCGCCGUACAACGCUGAUUUUGAUGGAGAUGAGAUGAAUUUGCACGUACCUCAGACAGAAGAGACUCGAGCCGAAAUUAUGAAUCUGUGCAUGGUCCCAUUGAAUAUUGUUUCUCCUCAGCGAAACAGUCCUCUCAUGGGUAUUGUGCAGGACACCCUUGCAGGUGUGUAUAAAAUGUGUCGUCGAGAUACUUUUAUCACCAAGGAAAUGCUCAUGAACAUUCUGUUGUGGGUUCCCGAAUGGGACGGUGUUAUUCCACAACCAGCCAUCAUCAAACCCAGACCGCGUUGGACCGGCAAGCAAUUGAUCAGUAUGGUCAUUCCAAAGAUCGUCAAUAUCUUCACUCCCUCUGAUGCAGGAGGCGAUGCACCUCUAAAGGAUGAUGGCAUGCUGAUUCACAGCGGUGAGCUGCUCUACGGGCUCUUGACCAAAGCAUACGUAGGUGCUUCGGCAGGCGGAAUUAUUCACAUUAUUUUCAAUGAACACGGACCAGAUGCUGCCAUGGCUUUCUUCAACGGCUGUCAGCGGGUUGUGAACUACUGGCUUCUUCACAAUGGUUUCAGUAUUGGUAUAGGUGAUACUGUUCCGGAUAAAGCCACCAUUGACAACAUUGAGGACGCAAUCAAUACUCAAAAGGACCAGGUCGCUGCUCUUUUGGCAAAAGCCACAGCAGGUGAUUAUGAACUUUCUCCGGGUAUGAACCUUCGUCAAUCGUUCGAGGCCGAUGUUUCCAUGGCCUUGAACAAAGCUCGUGAUGUGGCUGGAACUAGAACUGCAGACAGUUUGAAAGAUUCAAACAACGCUGUCAUCAUGGCCAAGUCUGGCUCAAAGGGGUCAACCAUCAAUAUUUCUCAAAUGACCGCACUUGUUGGCCAACAGUCUGUUGAAGGAAAGCGUAUUCCAUUUGGAUUUAAAUACCGAACACUUCCUCAUUUCACAAAGGAUGAUUAUUCUCCAGAAUCAAGAGGAUUUGUUGAAAACUCCUACCUUCGAGGUUUGACACCAACGGAGUUCUUCUUCCACGCCAUGGCUGGUCGUGAAGGUCUUAUCGAUACCGCUGUGAAGACCGCUGAAACAGGUUACAUUCAACGACGUCUUGUCAAGGCAUUGGAGGACGUUAUUGCGAAAUAUGACGGCACGGUCCGAAAUUCUCUGGGCGAUAUUGUCCAGUUCGUUUACGGUGAGGAUGGUCUUGAUGGAACAAUCAUCGAGAAGCAACGCGUGGAUCAUAUUACUUCCACUGACAAAUCCUUUGCCGACCGUUAUCGUCUUGACGUCACGGAUGCGGACAAUCAGGUCUCCGCUGAUGUGUUAGAAUAUGCCUCAAGCAUCAAUGGCAAUGAAAAAUCCCAGCAGCUUCUCGAUGAGGAAUGGGAACAGCUUUUGGAAGAUCGCGCUUGGCUUCGUGACCUAAAUGCCCGCAACGCAACCGACGACAAGAUGCAGCUGCCCUUGAACAUUGUCCGUAUCCUCGGUAGCGCUCAAAAACUCUUCAAUAUUGACGAUUCUGGACGAAGUGAUCUAACCCCUGACCUUGUCAUUCCCAGAGUCCGAGAACUUUUGAGUAAAUUGGUCAUUGUUCGUGGUAAUGAUCCUUUGUCGGUAGAGGCACAAGAAAACGCAACGAAGCUCUUCAAAUCUCAAAUUCGGUCAAGGCUUGCCUUCAAGCGUAUCGCUUGCGAAAUGAAACUUACCAAGCUAGCUUUUGAAAAUGUCUGCAAGGAGAUCGAGACUCGUUUCGAACGUUCCUUGGUCAACCCAGGAGAAAUGGUGGGUGUUCUCGCUGCUCAGUCAAUUGGAGAACCUGCCACGCAAAUGACACUGAAUACUUUCCAUUUCGCCGGUGUGUCUUCCAAGAACGUCACCCUUGGUGUCCCCCGCCUAAAGGAAAUUCUCAACAUUGCCUCAAACAUCAAGACACCUUCCAUGGUCAUUUGGCUCAACGGGGAAGAUCGCACUAGAAAUACGAAGGCUGAAGCUUUCAAGCUGCGUGGUGCUAUAGAACACGCAACCUUACGCUCCGUCACUGAGUCCACUGAGAUUUACCAUGACCCCGAUAUUCAAUCUACGAAUAUUGAGGCAGAUUUGGACAUGGUCGAAUCCUUCUUCAUCAUUCCUGAGGAACAUCAGGAUUCUCUUGAAAACCAGUCAAGAUGGUUGCUUCGUAUCGUUCUCGACCGCGCACGCAUGCUUGACAAGGGCUUGAAGGUCGAGGAUGUGGCCAUUAGACUCAAGGAAGAAUACCCUAAGGACUUGGCUGUCAUCUUCAGUGACAACAACGCCGAUGAGCUGGUCAUUCGCAUCCGAAUGAUCAAUCCAGACAAGCUUGAGGAUGAAGAUGUUGAGCAGGAUAUUAUGCUCAAGCGACUGGAGGCUCACAUUCUUGAUACCUUGACACUCGGUGGUGUGCAAGGCAUUGAGCGUGCUUUCUUGGCCGAGAAGCCAUUCCUCACUACACUUCCAGAUGGAUCACUCUUUUGCAAGAAAGACCCAGGCUUUACCGAAUGGCAUCUUGAUACCACCGGAACCGCAUUGGCACAAGUUUUAUGUGUUCCAGGAGUGGAUGCAGCUAGAACCUAUACCAAUCACUUCGUUCAAGUUCUCGAAGUCCUUGGUAUCGAAGCUGCCAGAGGUGCUCUGAUGCGAGAGUUGACCCAGGUGUUGGCUUUCGAUGGUUCUUAUGUCAAUCAUCGCCAUCUUGCAUUAUUGGUUGAUGUGAUGACAUCUCGAGGUCUCUUGAUGGCCAUCACCCGUCACGGUAUCAAUCGUGCUGAUACUGGUGCUUUGAUGAGAUGUUCCUUCGAAGAGACUGUCGAAAUUCUAUUGGAAGCUGCUGCUAUUGGUGAACUCGAUGACUGCCGUGGUAUUUCUGAGAAUGUCAUGCUUGGUCAAUUGGCCCCUAUGGGAACUGGUGAGAUGGAGGUCCUGCUUGAUCCUAAGAUGCUUGACACUGUUAUAUCCGACAACGGUAGAAUGGGUCUCAUGCCUGGACUCCCAGUUCAAGGUGCGGAUGGUGCUGCUACACCCUACGACAGUGGAUCCCCUCUACAGGAAGUUGGUUACAUUGGCUCUCCCGACUACCAAUCUGCCGGGUUUUCGCCUGUUCAAACUGCUGGCUCCGAUGAACCUUCUGGAUUUGGUAACGAGUACGGUGGUGGGUACGGCAGUGGUGGUCUCAGCCCAUACACACCUCAACGUAGCCCCGGUGGUGGAUGGUCUCCCGUCAGUCCUUUCAAUUCGGGCAGUCCAACCUCUCCAGGAUAUACUCCAACUUCUCCGGGCUACUCUCCUACAUCUCCUGGUAUGACAAGCCCUGGGUAUUCUGCUACAUCGCCACGCUUCUCGCCUAGUAGUCCGGCAUUCACACCAACGUCGCCAGCCUACUCGCCAACCUCACCUAGCUUUGUCUCUCCAACCUCACCGUCGUACUCACCGACAUCUCCUAAUUACUCGCCGACGUCUCCAAAUCUUCAUGGAUCGCCAACGUCUCCCAACUACAGUCCCACAUCGCCAAGCUACUCGCCCACGUCGCCUAGCUACAGCCCAACUUCACCAAACUUUGCACCCAAUAAGACUUCGCCUGGUUCUGGAUUGUCGCCGACUAGCCCGGUAUAUAGCCCUACUAGUCCAAGCUUCAGUCCAACAAGCCCCGCUUACCAGGCAAAUGCCAACGCUACUUCGCCAAAGUAUUCUCCCACUUCGCCCUCAUACUCCCCAACCAGUCCGCAAUUCUCACCCAGGUAAAAAGGCUCCCAUCAUAAUUCAAGUAUGCUUUUACUGACAGGUCACAGAUCUCCACAAAGUUGAUGCACUUUCAGCAUUGCUUUUAUUCAAUUGUAUCAACAAGAACACUCACCAAAAGAGAAAAAAUAUUCUGCAUAGCGGCGUUGGGGUUUGCGCAUAAGAUCUGUUUUUCUGCAUCAUAUUUUUUGAGGACUUUUUCCUUUGGGUGGCGUUCUGGAUCUCACAUAUUGUGUCUAUGGGUGAAUAUUACCGAUGACUGAUGCGGUGAUGCGGUGGGGUGGGGAGGAAACAAUUGCAUGACCUUGGUGAUUUAGAUGUCCUUUUUUUCUUUUCAAUCUUUUCUAGCGAUGAGCGGGAGUGAAACACAAGCGAGGGAGACCAAAAUUGUAUUAUGCUACCGAGAUGCCAAUUCGAUAUCUCUGGUACGUGGAGGGAAAGUUGCAGGGAAGCAAGCCAAUAAGGUGGCCAAGAUAGCGUGUAGUAGAUAAUGCCUGAAGGGCGACAAAUAAAAGUGAGAUGUAUUAUGGAU